CGUUCAUACGUCAUAUGUCACAAUAGAACUAAGAGCGACGCUUAAGAUUGUAGCUCAAUUUAAAUAAAAUAUUUAUUUUUAUAAAAUUAAAACCAAAAUGAAUGGAAUUAAAUUAGAAUAUGAGGAGCUAAUGGUAUGUCGUAUUUGCUUGCAAACCAGUGAAGAUGCUAUGAUAUCAAUUUAUGAAAGAAACGACAACUCUGCCCUCUGCGUCUAUCAAAGAAUUGAGAAAUAUGGUGGAAUCAAGAUAAUAAAAGAACCUGGGCUGCCUUCACAUAUCUGUAAACAGUGCAAUAUUUUUUUAGAUAUAGCGAUGAAAUUUCAAAUAAUAUGCAAAGAUUCUGACGAAUAUUUGCGUGAAUUUGCUUGCGAAGGUACAAAACUGGAAUGUGAUGAGGAUGGAGUGGAAUAUCUUAUGGAGUAUGCACCUGAAGAAUUUAUACGAGAAAAGGAAGUCCUAGUGCAAGAUUGUCAAAUAAUAGAUAACGUAGCUUCACCAAUUGCUUAUGAGGAAGUUGAUGACAUAAACGAAAUGUGGCUUAACGAGGAGGCUUUUGAAAAUAACAUAAUAGUGGAAGAACAUGGUGCAGAUUCCGCAAUGAUAUCAACACCCAACACAUCACCAACUCCUGCAAAAACAUUAGAUAUAUCGUCAGAUGGUGCCGCAGUGAUACGUGUGAAGCCACAAAAACAGCUAAAACCGCAAAUGAUUAAGGAAAAAACAGCACAUAUUUGUGAUAUAUGCGGAAAUUCAUAUCCACGCAAAUAUGCUUUCGAUGCACAUAUGCGACGUCAUCGCAACGAACGACCGUUUGAAUGCGAAAUUUGUCAUCAAUCCUUUCACUUAAACUUCCAACUUACACGUCACAUACAAAAGCACACUGGAGCACGGCCUUACAAGUGUCAGUACUGUCAACGUUCGUUUGCAGAUCGUUCAACAAUGAUAAAGCAUGAACGAAUUCACCGGAAUGAACGUCCCUACACAUGUGAAACAUGCGGAAAAAGUUUUACGUAUUCCAGUGUAUUAAAAGUGCAUAUGUUAACGCAUACGGGAGAAAAACCUUUUACUUGUGGAAUAUGCAACAAAAGAUUUGCACGCGCUCAUCACUUACGUGCACAUCUGGAGACUUUACUUCAUCAAAAUGAUCCCAGAUCAAGUGUACUAUUAAAGCAAAUUAAAAGAGAAGAGGACUUAGAUAAGGGUGUGCAAGACGAUUAUUAUUUCAGACCAAUUCCUAAACGUUCCAGUUCUAUCGGAGAAGAGAAUAACUAAGAAAUAUUUUCUAUAAGUGAGAGAAACACAUUAUAUAUACAGAAAUUGUUUUUAAAACUAUAAUAAUUUCUUAAUACAUGUAGUCGUAUAUGUUUUUUACA